AUGUUAAUGGGCCACAACAAUUCCUUCAAUCGAAACCCUAACGCCGACGGAUUAAUGGGUCCAACCUCCAUAUCUCAAUCGGCGGCGAUGCAUCUCCGAUUGCCCUUCACCGGUCUCUCACCGCAUCAGCAUCAGCCUCAACCUCAACACCAUCAGCAGCAGCAGCAGCAACAACACCCUCAUCAUCAUCAUCCUCAACCUCACCAUCACCAUCAUCCUCAGCCGCAACAGCAGAUGGACCAGAAAACUCUCGAAUCUCUCGGAUUCGAGGGAUCGCCUUCCUCCGUCGCGACCCAGCAACAGUCGAUGCGAUUCGGGAUCGAGCAGCAGCAGCAACAGGCGAAGAAGAAGCGAGGACGACCUCGGAAGUAUGCUCCCGAUGGCAACAUUGGUCUCGCUUUGGCUCCUACAUCGCCUCUUCCUUCGGCUUCUAAUUCAUACGGCGGCGGCGGUGGUGGUGGUGGAGAUAGCGGCGGAGGAGCUAAUGCGAACUCUUCCGAUCCUCCACCUGCUAAACGUAAUAGAGGUCGUCCUCCUGGCUCCGGUAAGAAGCAGCUCGACGCUUUAGGAGGAACAGGAGGAGUUGGGUUUACGCCUCAUGUCAUUGAGGUCAAAACUGGAGAGGAUAUAGCAAUGAAGGUAGUGGAGUUUACGAAGCAAGGACCACGUGCGAUCUGUAUACUCUCAGCUACAGGAUCUGUGUCUAAUGUGAUGCUUGGUCAAACUACCAAUCAAGCUACCAACAAUUCUAAUGGAGUUGUUAAGUAUGAGGGCCGAUACGAGAUCAUUUCUCUGUCAGGAUCUUUCUUGAAUUCUGAGAGUAACGGUACUGUGACCAAAUCCGGUACUUUGAGUGUAUCUCUGGCUGGAUCUGAUGGUCGGAUUGUGGGUGGUCUUGUUGCUGGAAUGCUUGUAGCUGGAUCACAAGUCCAGGUCAUUGUGGGAAGCUUUGUACCAGACGUUAAGAAACAGAAACAAAGCGCGGGGCGUGCUCAGAAUACUCCUGAGCCAGCUUCAGCACCAGCCAAUAUGUUGAGCUUCGGCGGCGGCGGAAGCCCUCGGUCUCAAGGACAAGGACAAGGACAGCAACAUUCGAGCGAGUCAUCAGAGGAAAACGAAACUAAUUCUCCGUUGCACCAUGGAAGCAACAAUAACAACAACAACAACAACAACAACAACGACAAUCACGGACUAUUUGGAAACUCUACGCAGCAGCAGCAACCCAAGUACCCGAUGUCUAUGAUGUACCAUCAUCCUCAUCUCUGGCCGCCUGGCCACAAUCCUCAAUAA